UGUUCGCAGUCUGCUCUCUGUGUUUGAGACGACUCUCUCGGGUUGCGUUCUUCAUCACGUUUUCUGUGGACUUCUGAACGAGUUCGUUCGGCUUCUGGAACUUCAAGACGUACUUGAACAGUAGCAAGAUAUUCCCCCGGAUUUUGAUUUACUGCUUAAGUACAGUUUUCAGCGACAAGGAGAAGCAACAAACUUCACCAAGAUGGCCGACGAUCCAGAUCAGUUUUUGUCCGUCAACCGCAAGGAUCAGCUAGAAGCAGCUGCCACCCAAUUCGACAGCAAGAAGAAUUGCUGGGUGCCCGAUCAAAAGGAUGGUUAUAUUGCCGCCGAGGUGAUCAGCACCAAGGGUGACCAGGUCACGGUCAAGACUCUCACUGGAAAGCAAAUUACCAUGAAGAAGGAUGACACUCAACAAGUCAACCCUCCUAAAUUUGAGAAAGUAGAAGACAUGGCUGGCCUGACCUUCUUGAACGAAGCUAGCGUACUUCACAAUCUCCGAUCUCGUUACUUCUCAGGUCUCAUCUAUACCUACUCUGGGCUUUUCUGUGUGGCUAUCAACCCAUACCGCCGCCUCCCCAUCUACACUGACAAGGUGGUCAUGCUCUACAAGGGCAAGAGAAGGAACGAGAUGCCCCCUCACGUCUACUCCGUGGCUGACAAUGCCUACCAUGACAUGUUGCAAGAUCAUGAGAACCAGUCUAUGCUGAUUACUGGCGAGUCCGGAGCAGGAAAGACAGAAAACACCAAAAAAGUCAUCCAGUAUUUUGCCAACAUUGCUAGUUCUUCAACGGGCAAAGGAGCCCAUGAGGAAGGGAAGAAGAGUAACUUGGAGGAUCAAGUCAUCCAGGCCAACCCCCCUCUUGAGGCCUUCGGUAACGCCAAGACCAUCCGUAACGACAACUCAUCUCGUUUUGGUAAGUUCAUCAGGAUCCACUUCGGUACGACUGGCAAGCUGGCUGGUGCUGAUAUUGAGACUUACUUGCUGGAGAAGUCUAGAGUUAUCUGUCAGCAGGCGACAGAGAGAAGUUACCAUGUUUUCUACCAACUCAUGUCGGGCUAUCAACCAGGGUUGCUUGAGAAGCUUCUCCUGACUGGAAAGGCCACCGACUACUUCUACGUCAGCCAAGGAAAGACCGAGAUCGACAAUGUGGACGACAAAGAAGAGAUGAAAAUCACCGACGAUGCCUUGAACGUCCUGGGCUUCACCGAGGAAGAGAAGCUCUCUCUGUACCAGUUGACUGCCGGUAUCAUGCACUUUGGUAACAUUAAGUGGAAGCAGAGGCCAAGAGAGGAACAAGCUGAGAUUGACAACACUGAUGUUGCCGAUAAGGUUGCUUUCCUGUUGGGUCUGAACUCCGCUGAUCUGGUCAAGAACUUGCUGCGUCCCCGUAUCAAAGUCGGUAGUGAGUACGUACAGCAGGGAAGAACCAAGAACCAGGUUACCUAUUCCGUUGGUGCUAUUUGCAAGGCCAUCUACGAUCGUAUGUUCCGCUCCCUCGUUCACCGUGUCAACAAGACCCUGGACACCAAGGCAACCAAGCAAUACUUCAUUGGUGUCUUGGAUAUUGCAGGCUUUGAGAUCUUUGACUUCAACACCUUCGAGCAGAUCUGCAUCAACUUGACCAAUGAGAAGCUGCAGCAGUUCUUCAACCAUCACAUGUUCGUGCUGGAGCAGGAAGAGUACAAGAGGGAAGGCAUUCAGUGGGACUUCAUUGACUUCGGUCUGGAUCUGCAGGAUACUAUCACCCUCAUUGAAGGACCUAUGGGUGUGUUCAUGGUGCUGGAGGAGGAAUGCAUGUUCCCCAAGGCAACGGACAAGACCUUCUUGGAGAAGUUGAUCAAGAACAAUGCUGGCAAGCAAGCCAACUUUGGAACCCCAUCUGUCGGAAGCAAGAAGAAGUGCCAAGGAGACUAUCACUUUGAGAUCCAUCACUACGCCGGAACUGUUGGCUACAACGUCGACUACUGGCUGGACAAAAACAAGGAUCCCCUGAACGAGGCCGUCGUUGAACUCUUCCGCAAGUCCACCAUGCAACUGCUUCAGAGCCUGUUUGUUGAGGUCGCUCAAGUUGGAGCCGGCCGUAAGAAGGGUGGGUCUUUCCAGACCGUAUCUGCUCUGCACAGGGAGCAACUGAACCGUCUGAUGACCACCCUGUUCAACACCAAGCCUCACUUUGUGCGUUGCAUCAUCCCCAAUGAGCACAAGAAGCCCGGUGUCAUUGAUGCCCGCCUGGUGCUCCACCAGCUGGCUUGCAAUGGUGUGUUGGAAGGUAUCCGUAUCUGCCGAAAGGGAUUCCCCAACCGUAUGCCCUUCUCUGACUUCAAGCAGAGAUACAUGAUCUUGGCUCCCAGCUCUGUACCUCAAGGCUUCAUGGACAGUCGUAAGGCCUGUGAUCUGCUGCUGAAGAGCUUGGACCUGGAAGCAAACGAGUACCGCAUGGGUCACACCAAGGUGUUCUUCCGUGCUGGUGUUCUGGGUCAGCUUGAGGACAUGCGUGACACGCGUCUGUCCAGAAUCUUGUCUCUACUCCAGGCCUGCUGCCGUGGAUUCCUCAUGCGUAAGGUCUACAAGAAGAUCUUGGACCAGAGGGUUGGUCUAGCUGUGCUUCAGCGCAACAUCCGCAAGUACCUUGUCCUGCGUAACUGGGGCUGGUGGCGUCUGUACACCAAGGUCAAGCCUCUGCUCAACGUUGCCCGCGCUGAGGACGAGAUGAAAGCUAUGGAUGAGGAACUCCAGAAGGCUAAGGACAAGGCCGCCAAGGAGGAGAAAGAACGCAAGAUCCUUGAGGAGAAGAACUCCGAGUUGUUGAAGGAGAAGAACGACUUCUUCAUGCAGCUCCAACAGGAACAAGAUACUGCCGCUGAGAUUGAAGAAAGACUGUCCAAGGUCAUGGGCCAGAAGGGAGACCUGGAAUCUCAACUUUCUGAGCUUCAAGCCCGUCUUGAGGAUGAAGAGGACAACAAUGCUGACGUCAGUGCAUCCAAACGCAAGCUGGAGACAGAAUGUGGAGAGCUGAAGAAAGAUAUCGAAGACUUGGAGAUCACUUUGUCUAAGGUCGAGGAUGAGAAGAAGGCAAAGGAAAGCCAGAUCAAGAUGUUGAACGAGGACCUCGCCGCCCAAGAUGAAGUCAUCGCUAAGCUCAGCAAAGAGAAGGCUUCCUUGGAGGAAACUAACCAGAAAACUAUCGAGCUACUUCAGGCCGAAGAGGACAAGUGCAACCACCUGAACAAGGUCAAGGCCAAGCUGGAGUCUACCGUUGAUGAGCUUGAAGACACCCUGGAGCAUGAGAAGAAGGCCAGGGCUGAUGUAGAGAAGGUGAAGAGGAAGCUUGAGGGUGACCUCAAGAUGACCCAGGAGACAGUGGAGGAAUUGGAGCACGCCAAGCGGGACAUGGAAGAAACCAUCAAGAAGCGUGAUUAUGAUAUCAGCCAAAUGAACAGCCGGUUGGAGGACGAACAGAGCCUGGUUGCACAACUUCAGAAGAAGAUCAAAGAAUUGCAGGCUCGCAUUGAAGAGCUUGAAGAAGAGUUGGAAGCCGAAAGACAGGCUCGUGCUAAGGCAGAAAAGCAGCGCACCGAACUCGGUCGCGAGCUUGACGACCUUAGUGACCGUCUUGACGAACAAGGUGGCGCCACAACCGCACAGAUUGAACUCAACAAGAAGAGGGAGUCAGAGCUGAUCAAGAUCAAGAGAGAGCUUGACGAGACCCACAUGCAGCAUGAGACCACGAUGUCAUCACUCCGCAAGAAGCAACAAGACAUGGUGUCGGAACUCUCUGAGAACCUCGACCAACUCCAGAGGAGUAAAACUAAGAUCGACAAGGAUCGCUCUAUUCUCAAAUUAGAAGUUGAAGAUUUGAACACAAACAUUGAAAUGCUGCAACGGGGCAAGAUGAACUCCGACAAGUUGAUCCACCAACUUGAGGCUCAACUCUCAGAGGCCAACAGCAAACUCGACGAGCACUCCCGCUCCAUCAGCGAGCUCAACUCCCACAAGAGCCGCAUGGCCCAUGAGAACAGCGAGCUGACCCGGCAACUGGAGGAGUCCGAGAGCGGAGCUGGCCAGAUGAGCAAGAACCGCAUGCAGCUCAUGGCUCAACUGGAAGAGAUCAAGAGGAACCUCGAUGAGGAAUCUAGAUCUCGCCACAGCCUGAUGCAGCAGCUCAAGCAAGCCCAGAUGGACAACGACUCACUCCGUGACCAACUGGAGGAGGAGUGCGAGGGCCGCGCCGACGUCAGCCGCCAGCUUGCAAGAACCAACCAGGAACUCGCUGCCAUGAAGGCCAAGUUCGACGGAGAGGCUGUACAGCGUGCUGAGGAGCUGGAAGAGCAGAGGAAGAAGUUGUUGGUACGUCUUGCUUCACUCGAGGAGCAACUCAACCAAGCACUGACUAAGAACAGCAGCUUGGAGAAGGCUAAGGCUCGUCUCACUGGAGAAGUAGAGGACCUCAACAUUGAUCUCGAGAGGGAGUCUGGCCGUGCCAACGCUCUGGAAAAGAAGCAGCGCAACUUCGACAUCGUUCUGGCCGAGUGGCAGCGCAAGGUGGAUGACCUGAACGCCGAGCUCGACUCAGCUCAGCGCGAGGCCCGUGGUUACUCAACUGAGCUCUUCAAGAUCAAGAACACCUACGAGGAGGUCUGCGAGACUGUGGAGACCUUCCGCAGGGAGAACAAGACCCUCCUUAAUGAGAUCACCGACCUGACCGACCAGCUUGGCGAGGGCGGCAAAAGCGUCCACGAGCUUGAGAAGGCACGCAAGCGUCUUGAGAUGGAGAAGGAAGAGCUCCAGGCAUCCCUGGAAGAGGCAGAGAACACCCUCGAGAUUGAAGAAGCUAAGGUUGUCCGCUCCCAGCUUGAGUGCGCUCAGAUCAAGAGCGAAGUUGAGCGCCGACUCCACGAGAAGGAUGAGGAGUUUGAAGCCACUCGCAAGAACCACCAGCGUGCCAUGGAAUCCAUGCAGGCUAGCCUCGAGGUUGAAUCCAAGGGCAAAGCCGAGGCCAUGAGGCUCAAGAAGAAGCUUGAGGGAGAGGUCAAUGAGCUUGAGAUCCAACUGGAUGCUGCCAACAGGAACCUGUCCGAGGCCACCAAGAUCAUCAAGAAGCUGCAGCAACAGCUCAAGGAUCUGCAAGCCCAACUGGAAGAGGAGAUCCGUAGCCGUGACGAUGCCCGCGACCAGCUCCAACUUGUUGAGCGCCGUAGCAACCUGAUGAUUGCCGAGAUCGAAGAGCUGCGCGCAACUCUGGAACACUCUGAGAGAUGCCGCAAGGCCGCUGAGAACGACCUGAACGACCAGAGCGACCGCCUGACCGACCUGAACGCAUCCGUCCACAGCCUGACCAGCCAGCGCCGCAAGAUGGAGAACGAGAUCCAGACACUGCAGGGUGAGCUUGACGACUUGGGCAAUGAAGCUCGCAACGCUGACGACCGCUGCAAGAAGGCUGUGUCUGAUGCCACUCGCAUGGCAGAGGAGCUGAGAGCUGAGCAGGAUCACUCCAUGCAUGUCCAGAAGAUGUACAAGACCCUUGAGAUCACCAUCAAGGAGACACAGAGCAGACUGGAGGAGUCCGAGAUGAAUGCACUCAAGGGAGGCAAAGCAAUGAUCACCAAGCUGGAACACAAGAUCCACGCAUUGGAGAGCGACUUGGACUCCGAGUCUCGCCGCCGCUCUGAGGUCGAGAAGAUCAUGAGGAAGCAGGAUCGCCGCGUCAAGGAGAUCACCUUCACAGCUGAUGAGGACCGCAAGAACCAGGACAGACUCCAGGAGGUUAUCGACAAGCUCCAGAUCAAAUGCAAGAGCAUGAAGAGACAGAUCGAAGAAGCUGAGGAGAUGGCCAACCUCAAUCUCUCCAAGUACCGAGGCGCCCAGCGUGAACUCGAGGACAUGGAAGAGCGCGUGGAGAUUGCCGAAACCACCGUCAACAAGCUGCGUUCCAAACAUCGCAGCGGCAUGUCCAGUGUAACCACUCGCAGCGUCACCACGAAAUCAGCCAGUGGUAUGUCUCUAAAGAGUUCAUCUUCUUCAAGCCGUAUGUAGAUGUCUCAUCCAGGCUUUUCAUUGUAGAUUCUCACUGGGUGGUAGCAGCCUAUUCUCUUUGCCAUCCGGCCGCACCUUUGUAUCCAAACCCGAAGAAAGUAGUAGAAGCCGUAGCAAUCGCAGUUCUGUCUCGUCAACCAAUGGUGUCCGAAGGAGAGAAGGAAAUGAAGAUGAGGAGGAAGAAGAAGAAGAAGAAGAAGAAGAAGAAGAAGAGGAGGAGGAGGAGGAGGAAUAGGAAUAAACUCAUCUUACAGACACCUGUUUUUAAUCUUCGUAAUUGAUAAGUGGCUGCAUGCAUUUGUAUCACUGAAAAAAAGGAAACCGACAAUAUUGGCUUUUUGGAAAGGAAUUACUUCUAAUCCAUUUGAUUUCAAGAAAUGUGUUAUUUAUUUAACAUCUCAUGAAAAUGUUCACCAUGGCAGGUGCUUGAAUCUUCCAGGAAAACAUUGUAAAAUACUUCCGAUGGUUUUUACAAGUUGUCAGACAGCAACGCUUUGUUAGGUUUUUCCUCGAAGAUGAGAUGCACUUCCUGGUUGCCAAUGUUGUGCGUUUUCUUAAAAAGUGAAGAAAUGUCUUUUUACCCUUUGAGCUAUCUUCCCUUUAAUAUAUAGAAAAGGCUUUUCAGUGUCUCACUUCUGUACAGUUUACAGACACAAAUUCUUGCAGAUAAAAUGUAUUUUUUAUUGUUUCUGUAUUUUGUUCUAUCCCUGGCUGACAAGUGCUGUAAACUUUGACUAGGCUGGAACCUCCCCCAUUGCUUUGUGGGGGCGAAGCAAUAGGGGGAAAGAUAAAGCAAUAAUUAGUAGUGUUUUUGUUUUUUCAUAGCAGUACUACUUAAUUUAGAACACUAUAUCAACGUGCAUUUUGUACCAUGCAAUAGUUUUUAAUGAGAAAUUUAGUUUCUAUUUAUUGAUUUUCUAUAGUAUAAAAAAAUUAUUUAUAGUAUUCACAAAAUAGUAUUCAUAGUAUUUAUAUGUGUCUGUCCAUACUGGGCUCCCAUCAUUUCAAAUUUAUAUUGAAUAAUAUAUUAAACCUAUUUUACUUAACAUUCGCUGGUUUGAAGACAAAUGAAUGUAUAAUGAUUAAUUAUUUAUAAUAAAUGUUUUUAAAAAACCAUGAGUGGUUUCAUAGUCAACAAAACAAAGUCAAGCAUUUUGGCUGAAAAAGAUUCGGGGCCUCUCGCUUUGACCUUUGACACAGGAACCAUGUUGUUUUGAAUGAAAUAAAAUACUGUUUGAUUAUUAACCAUUGGAUGGAGUCAGUACAAAAGAAAUUGAUGCUUUAACCGGAGUGAAAAUGCAUGUUAUAACGGGGUUUUAGCUAAACUGGUUUAUGGGCAGUAGUAGAGCAUGUAACUUAGAUAACGGGUUUUGGUUUAAUUGAACCAGGUUAUGGUACUCAACCACUAGUUAAAUUGUAAACAUGUUUGGUUUAACCAGAAGAUGGCGAAUGAAAAAUCAAAUUAUGAGAAAAAGGUGAACAAAAUCGGCGCGGGUCGAGUUUUUAUUUCGGCCUUUUGAACAGAGUGUCUUAUGUAGAUGUGUGCUGUUUAUAGUGAUGAGGGAUUUUAACCAACUAAAAACCAAUAACAUUGGUGCUAUAAUUAAGGUACUUGUACCAUAAAUCAUGGUUACUAAAUUCCUGGUUAUUUUAAGUGUGAUCCCUCAGCAAUCGAUGUAGCGAUUUGUUCAAGUCACCUGUUACUAUUUUUUCUAAAACUACUGUUCACCAAAAUGUCGACCACAGACUUGUUUUGUACAAAAGUUAAAAAUCAUGUUCAAUUAUGAUUUGGGAAGAAUCUCGUUAAUAUUGUGCCUAUUUUUGGUUUGAAUGGCACAAUUUAAUGGGUUCAUGAUCACGUCAUCAUUGGAAAGGGUUUAGUUUAUAAUAACUUUAAUCAAUGGAGCUGUUAUUGGUUUAGUAGUAUCAUAAGAAAUGAUGUCAUAAUAAUGCUAGAAGAUUGAUAAUAGCAAAUCACGUGAUCUACUCAUAACAGUGUAAAUACACAGCUUUUAAACAUUGAUGAACUUAACCCUGGUUAACAUGUACCAUAAACCAGCUAGCAAUUAGUUAACCCUUUAAACUGUUUAUAACCUGAUUAUGGAAGAGAGAAAGAGUUGGGCUGGUUACCACCCAGGAGUUUUUAGACUGGUUGCUUUUUUUUUAAAGCACCAAUAUGACUCGAUGUAAACUACGUUUGGCGAAGAGGAUACUAGACGCUUUGAAUACGUUUUAAAACUUAUUUAAACUGGUUUUAAGUUAGUUAUAGUUUUGUGAUUUAUGAUGUGGAACCUACUGUGGCUUUCAUUGCAAUCGAUUGCUUAUUGUGUAUGAAUGUUCGUAUGAUGUCUUUACCCCGUUCAAACACUGCUUAUUAUUAAAUGUGCGUGGGUUGGUACCAAUUCGCUAUAAAAGAAGAAA